AAAAACCCAAAGGGCCUUUCAAAAUUCAAAGUCCAACUCCUUCUUCAAGAAGUCUCUCUCUCUCUCUCUCUCUCUCUCUCUCUCUCUAUCUCUCUCUCUCUAACAUUCAUCAGAGGAACCAUGAAGAAGCUGUACCGCAAGGGAACCGUACACCCGUCGCCGCAGAUAAAACCCGACGACCACCUUCUCUCUCUCCUCCUCCCCGCCGCAAUCCUCUCCCUCGCGGCGGCUCUCUCGCCGGAGGAUCGCGAAGUCCUCGCCUACCUCAUCUCCACCUCUGGUGAUCGGAGCCCUAACUCUCGCCGGAAAACCACCAAGACCCACAAAAUCCAAAACGACGAUCUUCACCCACCUCUCUUCCACUGCGACUGUUUCAGCUGUUACACGAGCUACUGGGUCAGGUGGGACUCGUCCCCGAGUCGCCAACUCAUACAUGAGAUCAUCGACGCGUUUGAGGACAGCUUGGAGAAGAAGAAGAAGGAGAGAACCGGGAAGAAGGAUCGGAGGAAGAGGGGGAAAGCUUCUGUUCACGGUGCAAAGGUUGACUCGGUCUGUCCGAGUCGAAUCGUAGAGCCGAGUCCAUGUGGGACCGAGCUGGGCGCCGGGUUUGACUCGGCGGCGGCUCGAGGUUCCGGAGGCGGAGGCGGCGGCGGUAAUAUGGAGGAGGAGAAGGGCUCUGUCAGGAGGUUCGUGAGUUUUCUCGGCGAGAAAUUUCUGGGUGUUUGGGGCUGAGAAAUAUUGACGGGAAAAUGGCCGAGAAAAUUUCAAGAGAAGCUCGGGCAUUUUUUUAAAGUUUUUUUUUUCUUGGUCCAAGUUUUUUUUAUGAUGAAUUUUAUUUCCUUCUAUUUUUCGCCCUAAUUUUUGUAUAUUUUAUGAAAAAAGGGUAAACUCUGUAACAUAGAUGUUUAAUUACUGAAAUUUCCAGGCUUAAAUAUGUGUAAUAUAGGAGAAAAUAA